UUGGUUGGCGAGGCAGAGGACGCGGAAGUUUUUCAUCUUAUGAAAAUACCCUCAAUCAAAGCGACAAGCUGCAGAAUAAGAUUGAAAGACACCCUCCUGAUACCAGCCAAGAAAUUGAAGAGAAGCAACCAAUCUUCACUCCGCAGCCCCAGUUAGAUUACCACUCAACGAACUUUCUGACAAACCUGAGAUCAGUUUGGAGCUUAUUUGAUUGUGAGUUUCCAAUGCUAUUUGCCGAUCGGUUCCCUCUUCUUCUCAGUCUUCUUUUGACUUCUUUGUUCAGAAGCACUCUAACCUGCGAUGAUGUAAUAUGGAAGAAGAGUGAAAAUGUCUCAAGAAUGCUGCAGGAAUAUUUUCUAUCAGUUGAAAAUCCCUACGAUUCAGCCUUCAAAGUUGCUGUUACCUGCCCUGACUUUUAUCAGGGGAAACCUAUGUCUUUACCUUUAGCAGUUAUUGAAGAGUUGGCUGUGUUUUUAAAACCGAAUAAGGAGAAAUACGCUUCGUGCCUUACUUUAGAUAUUAAAUUUGAUGUGUUUGAUAUAUUCACCAAGCAAAGAAAUGGACUACUCACAAAAAUGGCAUUUGAGGUGUACGAACUUCAAUCCAGUAAAGAGAUGUUUGUGGAAAGAAUAAACAGUUUUAUACAAAACCGACAGUACAAAGAGGCAUGCCAGACGGCGAUGUACCUGGGACUCGACCAGUUCGGCAUAGAGGACUUUGUUGUGCCGCUGUUGUUCCAAGACAAGUUGACAAUCGCUGAGGACUAUUUGCGUAUUAGUCCUGCCGCGCAGACAGCCACAGCUCAGUAUCUCGAUCAACUGCUGCAGGGUCGAGUCAACGAGAAGAUCAUGGAUGUUAUUAGACAGCUGAAUAUCCCAGAACCAAAACAAGAAAAGCUGCAGUACAAACCCAUGUCAAAGCUAUUGGCGAGGUUUUUGAAAAUAUUCAAUAUUCAUCCUAGUAGCUGCCCAAACCUGACUCGCAAGAAAAGAGAGGGAGCUUUGCAUUUUGUGAUUUGUAAACGCUACAAGUACAAUGAAAUCGAGGGUGAGUGUUGGAGGGAGAUGGUGUCAGAGGCAGUAUGUGGAGACUCAUAUCUGGAGGAGGAGCUAGUCGCUGCAAUCAAUCUGCACGGAGACGUUGUGGAGGCUGCAUUCUUUGCUCGCAAGUUCAACAUUCCUGCACACAAGCUGCCUUACAAUGUAGUGACAUACCUCAGGACUGGCACUUUAGAGUACCACUACUCGCCGCCACGAGUGACUGUGCCGAGGAAGGUGCUGCAGUUACCAGAGAGUCACAUAGUUAUGAUGGUGGACACAGAUGAGUCACUAGCCCGCUGUGUGGAGGCUGUGUCCAACACUCACGUCGUGGGGCUGGAUGCUGAGUGGAAGCCUGCAUUCUGCUCUGAAACUGAGGCACUCUCACUACUGCAGGUGGCCACUCACGAGGAGACAUUCCUGGUGGAUGUCCCGGCUCUACAACACAGUCCUGUGUGGAAAGACCUCAGCCAGGGGCUGUUCUUGAAUCCAGACAUUUUAAAGUUGGGUUUUGGACUAUCAGUUGACUUGUUGAAGCUGAAAGAGAGCAUAAACAUGAAUGAUGUUAAGAUGGCAGGAUUAGGUUUCCUAGAUUUGAACCUCUUAUGGAAAAAAUUGAUGAGGGAAUUCAAUAUUACACUACCAUUCAAAGGUGAGGAAAGUGACACGGUGGAGGGUCUGUCAAAACUGGUCUCAUUGUGUGUGGGUUUGCCAUUGGACAAGUCUGAGCAGUUCUCCAACUGGGACCGCCGGCCUUUGAGGGAUGCCCAGAGGAACUAUGCAGCUUUAGAUGCCUAUUGCCUGAUUAUUGUUUAUGAAGUGUUGGCCCAUGAGUGCAUCAAUCAAGGAGUACCAUUCCAGGAUGUUUGUCAAGAUCUUAUGAUAGCUGGAGCUAACGUCACCAAAAAACCUAAGAAGAAACCAUUACCGUCUCGUAAGGUAUUUGAAGAGCCAACGACUCAGUCCUCUAAAAAUCGGCCAAUCAGAGUGGCCGAUUUUAAAGUGGUGUGCGACACAAUGUUACAAGGACUCGGCCGCAGUCUGCGCUCUGUGGGUGUGGAUGCUGAGAUCCUCAGCAAUACGCAGAACCACAAUGUCUGCGUGGCCUUGAACAGAGAGCAGAACAGAGUCAUUCUGACCAAAGGAGCUGUCUAUGAUAGACUGCACACACAAGUGCCUGAAGGAAUGUGUUAUCGAGUGAUGAAGCAAACAUCCAAAGAACAGAUGGUGGAAGUUUUGAGGUUUUAUAAUGUUGUGGUGGCUAAAGAGGAUAUAUUUAGUCGAUGUCAGCUAUGUAAUGGAGCAGAUUUCAAGAAGCUGACCCCUCAGGAGUUGAGGAAAGCUAUUGAUUCAACUUACAGAACACACCGGCAUGUUUCUGCUCACCAACUGGAUAUUGCUGACGAUGACUACGAUGAUUACAAUGACUUUGAUGAUGACAGCUGUUCAGAUGAUGAUAUACCAGGUCCAGUUACCCAUGCCCCAUCAGGGUAUGUCACGUCACAGGCAGGAGCCAAUCAUACACCAGUCGAAGAGGAUACCUUUUAUGGCUACAACUGUGAGACGAGCACAGGAGCCCAUAUCAAGCACGAAAGCAUACCCAAAGACAAGUUUGACAGUGUUCCGUUGUUCUACGUAUGUGAUAAUUGUGGACAUUGUUACUGGGAUGGCAGUCACUUGGUGCGUAUCCUGGACAACUUGCAACACAUUGUCGCCAAGUAGACAAUCUUGUGAUACACAUGUACAGUGGACCUCCUCCGGAACCUGACAAAUAGUAGAUGUAAGGACACUGCAUUGUAGUAUAACAUUAAGGCAUUUGAACAUUUGUAAGGCAUAGCACAACCUUCAUUAAACACUGUACUGUUCUGUUCUUGUGAAUAAUACAAAUAGAUCAUGCGACUUAUAAUACACCUAGAAAAUAGGCUUUGCACAUUUUUUCUUGUGAAGAAAAAUCUAAAUUGCAACAACUUUAUUAAACCCUAUGCCAAACUAUAACUCAAAACUAAUCUGGGGUGUUGCCUGCUAUUGUUGUGAAGUACUCGAUUGACUAAAAUUUCUUCAGUCAUGAUGUUAGUUUUUAUUUAUGUCAUGCCCGUUCCUUCUUUAUAAUUGUCAAAGGACAGGAGGACCUAUUAAAUGGUCAUUUUAGAUUCAGUUUUUGCAAGAUUCUUUGCACAUGGAUUUAAGAUUCAUUAAGAUACAUAGGUUAUAUACAAAUAUUAUGUGAUGGUAUGGUUUUGUAACUUAUAAACUAAGUUAUCGUAAAAUAAAACAUAGUUAAUUGCUUUCACUCAAUUGUUUUAUAUAUCGCCGUAGAUUUAAGUAAUUUGGAAGACAAAAGUUUGGAGGGGUCCACUGUAUCACCAUUCUGAUCUUCCACAAGAUCUAAUGUUCAAUUAGUCUUUCUUCUAUUAGAUUUAAUGGUAUGGUAUUGUGAUUGUGUAUUAAACUUGUAUCAACUUUAUCCUGUACGUGAUAUAUAAUAGGUAUCUUAUGUACCUACAUAAAGUAUCUUUUCCUACCUGAAUAUUUUUAUAUGUUAUGUUUCAACAAUGACAAGUUACCACAAGUUGGCCAAGUUAUGUUUGUUGUUUUUUAAUUUUGUACCGUUUUGUUUCAAAUGCAAGAAGUGUUUUUUCCAACACUUGCUGGAUUAUAAGUUUAAAUAAAUGCUAGUUUUGACU